UCCUCAGUCUGGGACGUCGGAGUUACCACCAGAUACCUAAUCCUCUUUCCCACCUCUCUUUUUAAGAAACACACCCAUGACACGGCGGAUUUGAUCUCAGGGGGUGAUCCCGGGUUCGCCAGGAGUCAGAAUCUCACGUCGGGUCACUUUCCUCCUUCCCUUCCCCUCCUCCUCCCCCUUCCACCAUUCGCAGCACCGGUUGCCAUGGAGAAUUCUUCAGUGGCGUCUGCAUCGUCUGAGGCUGGGAGCACGCGCUCACAGGAGAUAGAAGAGCUGGAACGCUUCAUCGACAGCUAUGUGCUGGAGUACCAGGUGCAGGGGCUACUGGGAGACAAGGCAGAUGGAGACUUGGAUUUGGACAAUGGUGGCAAGGUGCCACAGUGGACGGACGACUGCAUCGACAAGAGAGAUGGCAGCUGGACGUCUUCACGGGGGAGAGGCUCAUCCAAGCCGGACGAGUGGGAACACAGCAGUAAUGGCAGCACAGGUUCCAGGCCCAGUUCGGGGUCUAGACCAGGUUCUGGCUCACGCUCUGGCAGCAGAGGCAGAAACAACCAGUUCAAAGGCCCUGCCAAGAACGGGAACAGAGACGGCUCCUUUGACAUCCUGGGCACAGACAUAUGGGCUGCCAACACAAUGGACUCACAUGGGGGUGCAGGUUGGGAUGUGCAGCCAGAGAAACUGGACUUCAGCCACUUCCACAGGAAACACUUAAGAGGAACGCCAAAGCACCUGCCACAUAUUGACAGAGAGGGAAUGAAUAAAAACAAGUUUGAGGAGGAUGACGGCAUAGACAUGAAUGACAUAGAGAGGUUCCUACCCCAUCUGUGCUCUGUCUUCCCACCCCUUCCUAAUGAGGCUGAGAUUGCACACACCAAAAAGCUCUUCCGACGCAGGAGGAAUGACCGACGAGUGGUUGAUCUGUUCACCCGAGACCAGUUAACCAUACUUCUGCCUACUGGCCCCGGGGGAAAGCGGCAAGUCUCAGCCAGGAGACAGCAGCGGCCUCAGGGAGGAGGAGGAGGCGGCGGAGGAGGGAAGAACCAGCCUCAGCAGAUACAGCAACAGUCACCGCAGCACCAGAGGGAUCAAACCCAACAGCAGGCUCCAAACCAACAGCAGCAGAAUUCAACAGAAUUGGGAGAGAACAGAAAUAAUAGUGCUGACCGACCGCCUCGCCAGUACCAAGGAGGACAUGGGCAGCGCCAAGGAGGACCUCCACACCACGGAUACAGCCAGAACCGGCGUUGGCACCACAAUCAGAAAGGUCAGGGGCACGGACAGUCAAACGCUACAGGCGAUAAAGGAGUACCCCAGAGAACAACCAAAGACAAAGAGACUGAGAAUGUAAAACCUGGUGACGAGCAGAUCAGACCGCCUCAAGACUGCAGCACAGGAAGUGGGAAGGCAAACGAGGGCCAGUCGGAGCAGCCCAAAAUCAGCUUGCUGCAGUCGUCAAAGGAGAGGCUGAGGAGGAGACUAAAGGACAAGGAAGAGGCACGUGUGGAGGCGUCAGGCUCCGGGUCACAGAACAUGGACCGGCUGGUGGACCUUCUCAACAGCAUGAGGAGCAACAGCAGCGGGGUGGAGCAGCAGCUGGCCUCUUUCAUGGAGGAGGCGCAGUGCUCAGCGCGGUCGGAGGAAACCCUGGCUCAGGUGGUCAGCACAAUCUACUCCAAGGCCGUGUCAGACAGGAGCUUCGCUGCCACAGCUGCCAAGCUAUGUGACAAGAUGGCGCUGUUCAUGGUGGAGGGGACCAAGUUCAGAUCGCUGCUCCUCAACAUGCUGCAGAGGGAUUUCUCCCGUCGCGAGGAGCUACAGCAGUCAGAUGUGGAGAGGUGGUUGGGUUUCAUCACCUUCUUGUGUGAGGUGUUUGGCACCAUGAGGAGCAGCUCUGGAGAGCCAUUCAGGGUGCUGGUGUGUCCAAUCUACACCUGCCUACGAGAGCUGUUAGAGUCCACAGACGUUAAGGAAGACGCAGUCCUCUGCUGCUCCAUGGAGUUGCAGAGCGCUGGGCGUCUCCUGGAAGAGCAGCUGCCAGAGAUGAUGACAGAACUCCUAGCAGCCGUCAGGGACAAGAUGCUUUGUCCGGCCGAAUCUCAGCUGACCCGCUCUCUCCUUAUGGAGGUCAUCGAGCUGCAUGCACACCGCUGGAGCCCCCUGGAGGCUCUCACCACCCAGUACUACAACCGUACCAUCCAAAAGCUCACCACCACUGCCUAGGUGCCAGCUCCCCCGGGAGGAGAAGAGACAUUUUCCAGUUGCGCAACAGUCCGCUCUUCUCGUUUUACCACGAAACAGAAAGUUAAUGACAAUGUCACUCUCGAAACAAAUAUAUACUUCACGUGGUAACUGUACAAAUUCGAUAAUUUCUCCAAGAUAAGUGACCACUGCCACAAACAAACCACAUGCCCGCCACCAGGCAGGUAGCCCUCAGCUACCCUGGCAACACUACAUGUGACAUUAAAACAAUGACAAGCCUAUCUGACACAAAUUUCAGAAAACACUAGUGAAUAGAUGGCCAGUAGGGGCGUGCUUGGCCACACAGAGUGUGGGAGCUUGCCUGGAUGUGGCUGAUGAGGGGUAAAGGAGGGAACAGACAGGAGAGGGGGGUCACACAGGGGAGAGGAGGAGAGGGCAGCAGCCUAUCCGUAGGGAAUAGAGAGAUCUGUGCCCAAAGAUGAAUGGAGGGGGGAAGAAGGAGGGUGAUCAGGGCAGUGCGUGUCAGUCUCUUCAUUGUGUUCAUUUGCCCCGCCACCCUCCCCUUCCCUCUGUCUCUUUCUCCUUCCCCCACCUCUGUCUCUCUGUCAGCCCCUGGGGUCUGUGUGGCUGAUAAAAGAGGAGGAGGAGGAGGAGGCAGGCAGUAGACACGGUGCUGUCUGUCUGGGCUGUCUGCCUCGCCGGGCCAGGGGACCAGGUCAAAGGGUCUCGUUGUGGAGCUCCCCAGCUCCCACUGCUCCUCCCUGCCUUUGUCUCCUCAACCCCACCCCCACCUCCCCAGCAGAAGCCUUUUUGUGGGGAUGAGACAGCAGGCCUGCUGGGCUGGCCUGGGCUGAGGAUAAGGAUCAGGCUGGCUAGAGUAGGGUGGCAGAUGGCUACUUGAGCCCUUGUGAGACGACACACUCCUAACACACCCCUCUGGCACCCCGGUUCCCUGCUCCCCAAGCUCGGGCCGGUGUUACCAAUAGAGGCAGCAGAAGUGUUGUGGUGGGGGGUCAGGAAUAAAAAAAGCAUUAAAACAGACACUGCUGUCUGAUAAUUCUUUUGUUUUUGUCCUACAGGGGAAUGUCUCUUCUCCUCUGUUAAGCCGUGCAUGUCCAUGCUUUGUUAACACCAUCAUUGAUAUUAUUAUUAUAUUAUUAUAUUAUUUUUUUAAUCAUUUAUUGUUUUUGUUAUUGUCAUUUCAUUUUGAAUUCUUGUUUUUGUGAUAAAAUGUAUGUAUGAGAUAUUGUAGUGGUAGGCCUUAUUGCACAGGUUUGAUUUGUUUUGCACUGUUUUGAGGCAAUUUGCUUUAAGAAAAAUUCAAAAUAAGCAAAAGUUUGAAUUUGAAUCAGUGCUUGUGGUAUAAUAUGAAAAAUCUCAGUAGUGAGAGAAAUGGGUUGAGCCUAGUGAGGGAUUUUAGGAUGUUUUAAUGGACUAGUGGCCUUGUCAAUUAUCCAUUUUUAUAGGAGCUCUCUUGUUUUGGGGUCUGCAGGGCCUGUUGCAGCAGGGAGCAUGCUGAGGACUAAACAGUUGGACUUAUUCACAUUGUUCUGUUGCUCAAGAAAAGAACACAUUUGAAGAUGAAAAAAGUGAUGUGAUGUAUAAAAAAGAAAAGAAAAAAAGAAAAAAAAGCAUGGCACACAGAGAAACAGAAGUGGAAUGCUUCUUUAAAUUUUUCUCUUACUCAAGCCAUUCUUUGCAGUGGACAUUUUGCAAGUGUUUAAUAUCAACUGUAUUUGAUCUUGCUUUGUUUUUGAGAAAAAUGACAACUAUUAACCUGUGUAUUUGAAGAUGACAAUGAUGAAAAGCAGAAAAUCUUAUCGUAUGACCUCAUUAGCUUCUCAUAUGUGUCCCUUAUUCCAGCUAACGUGUGUACUAUGAUAUUGACGUACCAAGCCAAUCAUGUACCAUUUGUAAAUGGGCUCUAUAUAUAAUCCUCAUACAGUAUAUUUACAAGUAUUUUAAAACAUUGAAACAAAGGGGAGUAGUGCAACAGAGAUGUUGCACAUGACCAUGGCUAGAAGUUGGCCUUUCCCAUGCAUUUCUAUCAGGAACUAACUCAUUGCUUGGGAGCACACACACGCACACACACACACACACACGAACAUGCAUACACAUACUUAGUUUCCCAUUGAAUCUCUGUGGGCAGUUAUAAGUGUUUUUAUAUUAUUUUCUCUGUCUUGCAUCAAGAAUUAAGAUCCUGUGUGGCAGAAACACACCCCAGAAGAUUAGUUAGAUGAGAAGGGUGAUUUAAAGCUCACAAAUGUUUUUGGAGGUGCAGCCUAAUUAUCUGUAAGUAUGUGUCUGCUUAAGAUGUGAUUUGUUAUACUGUCUUUUUUUUGUCUUUUGUUGUCCGUAUUUUAUUUCUAGGUUUCUAUUUAAAUUAUAUUUAGCUCAUUUAUAUAUAUAAUUUUUCCCUUGUGGUGGGUUUUCAAGACAUCUGAAACUGUUGUGAUACCUAGCUUGCUGGCAAGUGUGUAAGUGUGGUAUUACUGUGUUUUAGUUUGUGAAAAGAAAAAGAAACCCAUUGGUCAGUUUCCAUUAUGCAAAGAGUGGCUCCCUCUCACAGCAGAUGGGUGCAGGUGGGGAUCGCCCUCCCCUCGUCUGUGGCGCUGGAGCCUCCCCACCCCGCGUGCCCUUAGACCCCAUUGCUCGGGUCACAUGACUCACUCGACGAUUGAAUGAGACGCACCUUCAUUUGCAUAUUCUCAUGAAUAUUGAAAAAAAAUUAGGCUCCGGUCGGCACACAGACAAGCUGUACAUUGGCAAUAGUGGGUCAUCUGUGAGCUCUUGUUUGUUUUGUUUUUCUAAGCAAUUGAAAAAUAAACUAA